AUGGCUGCAGCAGAGAAUACCCCUGAAAAGCCUAUGCUCAGAGGCAAAAGGAGGCAAUAUCUGCAAGAAAUGCUGACAGAAGUGGGACUGGAUGUUGAGUACUGGUUGCCCAAGCUACAGGAGGACUUGGGUGUGACCUGUGCCCAGGCAUUACAACACCUAGAAGGAAAAGACCUUCAGAAGUUGCAAUCUCAGACGCAAUAUCCAUGGGAGAAAAGAGCCCUGGAGAAGUUCCUUGAGCUGUCAUGCUCACACAGUCUUUCAGAAUUACAGGAGUUGCAAAUGAAGAAGAUGAAAAAAAGGCAGAAGUGGGCAGAACAAGCCCUGCAGGAGCUGAGGGACUUGCUAUCAGAAGGGAAGCAGCAACAAGAAGGAACAGUGAGAAGAAAAGAAGCAGAACUGAGGAAAGCAAUGGACAUACCUGAAGAGUACUGGCCACCACCUGAAAAGCCCCUAAUAGAAGUCAUGGAAAAUAUACAGAGACAACUCAAAGAGAUCGAAGGAACACUUUCUCACAGGCAAAACCUCCCAGAUAAAGAACUGGUGAAAAGGGCAUCAGGAGGGCUGGCCCUCCAGGGAACAUAUAAAGCCAGCCAUCAAAUGGGCCUUAUUGAGAAGAGAGAGGAGCUACUCAAUGUCCCUAAGGAGUUCUCACUCUUUGGCCCUGAGCACGGCACACGGAUGGAAACAAUGGAAUUUACAUCUUCUCAAGAAGAAUCCAUGUUCACCAAGAUGAUAGAGAAGCUGGGCUUUAGCGUCACUACCUCAGCCAAGGGUGGGGGUUGGGGAUUUAGUCUAGAAGCUGGUAUGGAUCACAUAAAGCAUUCAGAAUCCAGAGAAACUCAACGAUCACGUUCUGAGCACUCUUAUUUCUGUUCAACCAAAUUUAGCUAUGUCCCCUUGGCCUCCUGCCACUUUUCCACAGAUCAGCUACAACUCUCUGAGGCUGCUCUCCAGGAAUUGAAACACAUUGAGGACCGUAUGGAUCAGACAGAAAGCCCAGACAGAUUCUCCUCGUUGAGGUACAUGGCUGAAAAAUUCUUCCACAGGUUUGGCUCUCAUGCUAACAAAGGCCCUCUGCACCUUGGAGGAAUCUACUGGUGGAAGGCUACCUCACAGGGUUUUCGAACUGAGCAGCUGGCAGAAGUAAAACAGCAGUCAGCAGAGGCCCUAGAUAUUUUCAUAAAGGGCAGCUACUGUGGCUUUGCAGUGAAAGCUGCUGCCGGUAUGAAUGUGUCAGACUCUCAUUCAAAUGCAAACUUGCAGGAAAAAAAUUUCCAGAAUCUCCAAACCAAAGUCCAAUUAUCUGUGGCCCAAACAGGUGGCCCCCCAGAAGCAGAAGGUCUUGUCCAGUGGAAAGCUGGCUUAGUUGCCAGCAAUCAAACUUGGUGUGUCAUUGACCGAGAACUUCAGUUGGUACCCAUUUGGGAAAUCAUCCUCUCCAACCAUAGAAGCGAUUUUAAAGAUUCUCUUCAGCUGGCUAACUGCAUGAAAGACAGCUACACUGCUCUCACUAGACUCAGUGGCCAGAUUCCAAAUGAAGAGCAAUUACUGAGUGCCAUGAAGGAGGCCAGAAUUUUCCUAGAGGAUGUGAAAUCCUGGGAGAUAUCUGACCCAGAAGAGCAGUUGAAGAAACUGAUAAACUUCAUGCAAAUAUUGAUUCAAAAAACAAAAAACUAUGAUACUUGGAUAAACAUAUGCCUCAAUGACUGGAAUCUGAAGAAUUUUCUAGUAAAUACUGUCAACUUUUGCAAAAACUCUUCCAUUUACCAAACUAAACUUAUUAAAUCUCAAUUAUACAGACUUCUGUAUCCUCAUAUCUACAGAGUGAAAAACUUUCCUCAGGCUCAGUCCAUCAUGCAGUGGAUCUGCCAGGCAGAGUCAGAGGAAAGGCAAGUCAACAUUUCUCAAUUCUCUGAAUUAAUUAAAAUCUUAAAAGAAACCCAGAAUGACCUCAUGGAAGUAAAGGUCAAAUCUGAGUCCCCAGAAACCGUGGAGGAAGCUCAAAGAAAAGCCACUUACAAGGUCAGCUUGGCUCUCAGCAACUUCUUGAAUUACCUCGGAGAAACAGAGCAGCCAGACACACAGCUCUUGCUACUUUCCAUUGCAGCUGGUGCAGGAUAUCAUUCAGAAAACAAUACUUUUCAGUAUCUCUUAGGGUGUGAUGAGUUUAACUUUCUAUUGGAUAAAAUGCAAACUGCCCAAAAUAAAUACCAGGAGCUCAAAAAUAUUUGCACCUACAGAGCUCAGGCUUUCCCGGUACUCACAGGUUUGACAGCCACAGUUGGAGUCACAGCUAUUUCUAAAGAAGAGAAAACACAACGCAUGGCAUUAAUGAGACAUCACAUGGGACAAUCAAUGUCUAAAGAAGUUGCACAUGUGCCCCCCAAUUUUGGAGGAGAUCAUGUUUCGGAAAACCUAGAGAAAAAUUUGAAACUGUGCAUUGCUGGGGAUUAUGAAGCCAUUUCUCCUUCUCCAGUGGACAAGAUGAAAACCCAAUUAGAAAGUCUCUUCCAUAGAAAGAAACUGUCCUAUGAACCAUGUGAUAAUGAAAAUAAGUGGGAAGUAAUCGAAAAUAGAGCCUUCUUAGACUUACUCCAGCGUCUAGGCCUAGAACACUACUACCAAAACAGGCUGAGCAGAGUUAACUUCCAUCUGAUCUACAAGACAUCAGUGUACAAGACCCACCCCAGCUCUGAACGGGAACUUCCCUUCUAUUUCCUGCAAAAGCUACUGAUGAUGGAUUAUGGGCUGAGACACUUGGUGUUUACAGGGAACGAAAACACAGAACACCAAGUCUAUGUAUGUGCCUCAAAUCAGGAAGAUGAGGAUUUUGAUCCAUUCAAAGACGCUUUGGAAGACAGUGAUAAUCCCACUAAACCUCCAGGCACUAAGUUUAGGCCGCACAUUCACCCAAUGGAUAUUCAGAUGGCAAUUUUUCACUGUGCAGACAAUAUUGCCCGACAAUAUAUUUUGACUAAACUUUCCAUUUGUCAGUUUGCCCUUCCCCUAUUGGUGCCUAAUCCCUGCACUUCUCAAAUUGAAUUCUCUCUCUGGUCUCUCCGUCAAAUUAGGAGAAGUUGGCAGCAAAAAAGGAAAUCAUUACAAGGGAAGAACACUUAUAAAAACCAGCAGAUGUGUCAAGUCCCUACCUCCACUGUGUCCUUCAUAAGAGUUGGAAAUGGUCUCUCUGCCUCCAAAUCUCAGAUCAUGAACUGUCUUCUCAGUAACCGUAAGCAUGAUGUGUUUUUUCACCGACACUGCAUAGGAAGCAGCAGAGACUGUCUCUUGAUGGAAGGUGUGGUGGAAAUCUACUGGCUUUGUCCUGGAGGGGAAGAUGAGGACAGAUUUGACAACUGUGUGACCUUUCUCAAUCUUCAUGGAGAUGCAAAGGAACAUGAGCAACAACUCACCUUCCUAAAGGAGGUUUCUUCUCUCAUUGUGGUCCUCAUGUCAGCUUCUGAUGACAACACAGAAAACCAAAAAAUAGUCCGUGACCUGUGCAAAUCAUCAAGACCUUUGGUCUGUUUGCUUGAUGACAAAGAAAAAGCCAUAACCAACAAUUCCAGUCAAAAGGUAAAAAUUGGCAUCAGAAAUAGAAAUGAGGCUGAAUUAACAAAGGAGCUCACAAGUACAAUCAGACAUUUGCUAGAGCCCUCCUUCACUGCUUUCAGCUUAGAGGACUGUUCCCAGAUUGCUCACAAGCAAGGAUUUCUUAUUGAUGAAGACCAGAGAGAUUGCAAGGAAGCCAAAGAAAAGGCACAGAGUUUAAUGGACCUCCUGGGAAGCAUGAAGCUAUCUCAGAUUAAGGAAAACUUACUACCCCUCCAGGGACAACUGUGGCACUGCUGGUGUAAGAAGGACAAAGAACUCUAUCAUCUGAAAGAAAAGGGGAAUCGGAGCAUUGAACAACACAAGAGUAAGAUUGAGGCAGAUAAACAAAGAAUACGGCAACAGCAGUUGACCAGAGCCUUUUCUCACAGUGAUUUAAUGAAAUCUGUCCUUCAAACUCUCCAAGAACAUUCGGAAACUCACCUCAAACUCUACUUCUUGCAGUGGCUGAGUAUGUUUUUGGACAACCUCACUGCAGGACACUUGGAAAAACUGCAUGAGAAGCAAAGAUAUUUGUGGUCACUGAUACAAACAGAAAAGCAAAAGGCACCCAAGAGCACCUUCCUGAAAAGCUGGCAAAAUGAGAUAGAAGUCAUCUCCACAGAGAUUAGUGACUGUACUUUGGGAACUGAACAACUCCUCAGAGAAAUUGGCCAGAUUUAUGAAGCUCUGGAAGAGUUGUCCUCCAGAAAUGAUAUCCCUUGUCAGUCCCUUCCCCAAAUGGCUGCAGACCUGAUGAUAUCUGGUGUUCCCAUUGAGCUAAUGGAUGGGGAUGCUUCAUAUGUGCCCUUGAAGUGGGUGGCAGCUAUUUUUGACAAGGUCUCUGAGAAACUUGGAGACAAACGUGUGUUUGUUCUCUCUAUCCUUGGCCUGCAGAGCUCAGGGAAGUCCACCCUGCUGAAUGCCCUUUUUGGGCUGCAGUUUACUGUUAGCGCAGGCAGGUGUACCCGAGGGGCCUACAUGCAGCUCCUAAAGGUGGAAGCGGCAUUCAUAAAGGAACUUGGCUUUGACUUUGUGCUUGUUGUGGACACAGAAGGACUUCGGGCCCCAGAACACAGCAACAAAUCCCAGAAUCGGGACAAUGAGUUGGCCACCUUCGUCAUUGGACUUGCAAACUUGACUCUGAUCAAUAUUUUUGGGGAGAAUCCAUCAGAGAUGCAAGAUAUCCUACAAAUAGUUGUCCAAGCCUUUCUGAGAAUGAAACAAGUAAAAAUCUUUCCAAGUUGUCUCUUUGUCCAUCAGAAUGUGGGGGAAGUUACAGCUAAAGACCAAACAAUGGAAGGACGAAGGCAGCUAGAGCAAAGACUAGAUGAAAUGACAGCAAUAGCUGCUGAACAAGAACAGUGCUCAGAUGUAGCCUGCUUCAGUGAUGUCAUUAAGUUUGAUGCCAGUACUCACAUCUACUACUUUGCUCACCUCUGGGAUGGCAAUCCUCCAAUGGCCCCUCCUAAUCCCCGCUACAGCCACAAUGUCCAGGAACUGAGAAAUAGAAUUCUUACGACAGCUGAACAGGAAUCCAGGGGAAGCAUCAUGAAGAUAUCAGAUGUAAAAUUCCGAAUUCAAGAUCUGUGGAGAGGCCUUGUAAAUGAAAACUUUAUUUUCAGUUUCAGGAACACUCAAGAAGUCAUGGCCAUGAGCAAACUGGAAACCAUGUAUAACCACUGGACUUGGGAGCUAAGGAGUUACAUUCUGAGCUUGCAGAAUGAGCUGAGUAACCAGAUUCAGAAUGGAAAAGUGCAGACGCUCAAUAUAAGCACACUUGAGGCUCCAGUGACAGAAAAAUACAAAACCAUCAAGCAGGAACUUGAAAAAUAUUUCAAUGAAGGCCCAGAUAGUGAAAUACUGGUUCAAUGGAAAGCACGUUUUGAAAAUAAGCUAAUAAUCCUUAAAGAGGCACUUAUCUCAGACAGCAAAAAAAAAGCCGAGGAACUCAUUAGUUUCAAAAAAGGUCAGGAAAGUCUGGAUAAGAAGAAGACAGGUUAUGAAAUUGAAUUGUUGGAAAGGAGCCGAAAGUUGGCUUUAAGAAUAAAGAGUAAGGAAUUGAGUGAGGAAGAGUUACAUGAGAAAUUCGAUCAACUUUGGAAAAACUGGGUCCAUGAUGUGUCCUCAACUCUCCCUGAAGUCAAAGAGCCUGACAUUGAUUUGGAUUCUGAAAGCGUACUUUGGGAGCAUUUCCAAAAGGAGACAAACAUCGUGGCUAUACUGAUGAAAACUUUGAAGUCCAGAGAGGUCUUCAAAAUUAAUUAUGAUGACCAUGUCAAAAUAAAUAAGAAAUUUUAUGAUAUUACAAAAAAAUUACAGAUCUGUGAUAAAGAUUGCAUUAAAAUGACCACUGCUACCAUUUUUUCGAGAUUUUAUGAAAUUAUUCAUGACAUUUGCAAUCAAAAACAUGAUUACAAUCAAAGCUAUUUCUAUGAAAUCCUGAAAACAAUAGAAGAGGAAGUGAAAUCUGCAUCUACUGAGAAAAAAUACAUAUUUACAAGUAAAUAUAUCAUUGACUUAUCUGUGUGUUUAUUCCGAAAAGCAUCAGAGCAUUUUAAGAAAAUGCACAGAGCAUUUAAGAAAGCAAAUGAUCCUGUAAAUUAUUUAGAAAACAAGAAAGAUGAUUUCUUCAUGAGUUUUAAGAUCUCCUGCCAAGGAGCAACUUCCAUCAAAACAUUUGUUGAUUUCCUUUGGCAGAAGCUUACUCCUGCUGUCUCCACCACCAUAUGGGAAGAAAUGACUAUUAAAAUUGCUGGGGACAUGAGAGCUACCUGCCCUGCAUUCAAUGGAAACAGGGCUAACCUGGAGAAACACAUUCUCAUCUCUCUGGCAGAAGAAGAAAACUUUGAUAACUACUGGGAAUACCUUCAUAAUCCAAAAUCAUUUUUUAGGAGCUACAUAGAAAUACAUAUUAAAAGAUACUUCUCAGAUGAAGGUGGUGACAAAAUGAAGACUUUUUUAAAAAUUAGUUUAGAGGACAUCAAGAAUGCCAUCCUCUCUGCCAUUCAUGAAUCAACAUCAAAAGCUAAAAGCAACACUGCCUCUGGAUGGUUGGAUUUAUUCUGUGACCACCUGGGUAGCAACAUGAUUUUUCCUCGAAAAGACUUAAUAAGCAUUGAACACCAGGAUAUAAAGGAUAUUGAGUUUGUCAAAGAAGCUAUGUGCGCAGCUUUGGAUCCUGCAAUGAAGAGAGUAGAACAGAAUUAUUCAAGUAUGCCUCUAGAAGAAAUGGUUCCUAAAAUUGAAAAAAUUAUCUCUCAACAUCUCUGUGGCUGCUGGAAACAAUGUCCCUGGUGUAAAGCAGUUUGUACAAACACAAUUCCAAAUCAUGAAGGAGACCACAGUGCUCCCUUUCACCGUCCUUAUGCUGUCAGUGGAUGGAGAUGGCACAAAACAGAAAGUCUGGUCAUUGAUUUCUGCACUAGUCUGGUAGCAAGUAAUGGUUCAUUUCGUUUGCAUGAUGAUAGAACAAUCCCAUAUAAGACCUAUCGACAGGCAGGUGGUGAUUUUGCCACAUGGAGCGUUACCCCAGAUUCUUCCACCCAGCCAUAUUGGAAAUGGUUUGUCUCUAACUUCAGAUCAAAGCUAGAAGAAAAAUAUGAGAAAAAGUUUACAGACCUGGGUAAAAUCCCUGAUGCAUGGGUCAAAUACACAAAGCAGGAUGUGCUUGAUGACUUGAAAAACCAAUAA